AUGCCUGUUGCACAUUUCCAGUGUAUGAAGCAUUUGUUUAUUCAUUGAACACUUGCACCAGCUCUGGGAAAUAUGCUAAACCAGCAUAAUUAAUCUCAAUUUAUAGAUGAGAAAACUGAGGCUCAGAGAGGUUAAAUGACUUGCCCACAUCAGGAACACCUGAACUCAAAAGUACAACCUCAGACUUUGAACCUGAGGCUCACUAAAAUCCCACCAAAGCAGACUGGCUUUGUCUUCCAAAAGAUCGGAUCUCUGGAGGAUCCGAGAAAGCAGGUCGGUGGGGAAUGUGCUGGACCCUGGUGAUUGGGGUGAUUCUCUAGACAGAAUGAUUCUCUAAACCAAAAAAAGUUGGGUCCUCCUUCUACACAGUAAUGUGUGUGUUGUUCCCACAAUUCUUUGGGAGCCCCCAGAUGCCGGGGAGGCAGGAUCUAAGACUAUGCCUGGCAUGCUGUGGGAACUCGGUGAGUGUUUGUUGAAUGAAUGAGUGACACAAGUUUAUUGGAGCUGAACAGACAAGGGUCCCAGUCCUGGUUCUGAAAUUCACUAUCCAUGUGAUAAUGGUCAAGGUAGCUUAAACUCUCCUCACUUACAAAAUGGGGGUUCUAAGCCUUGCAGGGAUCCUGUGUGGAUUCAAGUGAGGUAAUGAAUGAAGAGUAUUUUAAAUGGUGCUUGGAAAGGUAGAGGCACUCAACAAAUGGUAGCUGCUGUUUUAUUAUUGUUUAACGGGCUCACACCAUGAAGUGUAGUAAAGUGGCCUUUGAUAAAUUCAGAUCAGAUAAGGCCAAAGGAGAAAGACAGAGCUGUGCUUUGGAUGGACAUUCUGUUCCAAGGGUAGAUCAGCCUCAUGAACAGCAGAAGUUAGGGAUGAAAGAGCUGGAUGUGGGAUCAGGCUCCUCCUCCUUGGUCCCAUUUCUCCCUAAAAUGCCAACCCCAGGCUGGGCCACUUGCUGGGUGGCACCAUGCAGCUCUGGGUCUCUCCCUCGCUUCUCCUGCUCUUCACCUUCUGCCAAGAACUUCGAUCAGAAUUAAGACAAGGUUGGUAUGGAACAUGGGAGCUCCAAAAAUACUACAACUGGAGAACUUAUGAAUGUGAGGUUUUUUAUUAUGGAGGUUGUAAUGGCAAUGGCAACAACUUUUUGAGGAAAGAAGCAUGUGAGAAAGCCUGCAAGAACACCUGAUUUUCUAGUAAGAACACAGCCCUCCCUGGAGUCAGAGUUGCUCUAGGGCAAUAGAAGUUAUUUUUGUGAACAAGAGAUGCAUUCCUCCGCUUCAAAUUUAUUCUCCCUGCCUUGUUCUUUAAAUCACCCACCUCUGUGCCCGAAAUUCUACAACUAUCACCAACAUGUUUAAAAUCUCAAGACUUUAUUUUUAAAAUACGUACAUACAUACAAAUAUACUGGGGGAAUUAAGAGUUAAGAGUCAUUCACACUUAGUAUGAAUUACUGCUUAGUGAAUUGGAGGAUAGAGGUUUUGGAGGAGGGAGGGUGAAUUUGAAAACUUGGGGCAUGGUAUUGGAAGGGCCCACAUUGAACAAGGAAGUAGACCUUUGCGGGUAAAAAUUCAAUUAAAUUUUAUCCAUAGGGAUAAGAUUCAAUUAUCAUCUCAAAAUAACAUUCCUCUGCAUAUGCCUUCAUUUACUUUCUCCCUCCCUCUCUCUCUAUGUAUGUGUGUGUGUGUGUGUGUGUGUGUGUGUGUAAAUUGUAUAGUAUUUUCUAUCAGGAUUUUUAUGUAGCAUUUCAUUAUAAACAUUUAAACGUUUUCCCAGAUCAGUGAAUAUUCUUCAGUGUCAUUGUUAAUGGCUAUAUAAUAUUCUAAACUAUUUACAAAGCACUGUAAUUUACUUAGCCAACCAUCUGUUGUUGAAUGUGCGCUUCCAAUUUUUCAUCAUUGUAAAAUAACACAAGGUUAAACGUAAGCAUGGUUUUUAAACACCUUUGAAAAACAACAUCCUGAGUGCCAUCAGAAAGGUGGCUGAAUAAGAUGUCCUUCUGCCUAAUCAUUUGGCAUCCAUCCAUGGGCAAAAAUGCCUUUGUGGCAGCUUUGAGGUCCAGCUAGGAGACUGUGAAAUCCAGUGCAGUCCAAGACCCAGGAGAACCAUUUGAGAAGGCAGGCCUGCACCCAGGUGGUUGACUCACCUAUCAUGGUCCCAACUAUAGACCCAGAAACAGCUCCAUGCCCCUGAGGACUUGGCCACAGCCCCAUUUAGCUUGGUCCUCUCCCCAGCACCAUGUGCCCGGGGACGCAUAUGCGUGACCAUACGUCAUGCUCCCCCAGGCAUCAGGUUAACAGGCAUGGAGAAGUCAGUGAGUGCUGAAAUGGCUUGUGAACAGCCUCCAGCCCCUCUCAGCCGCUGCCCAGGAGCCCCUGGACGUAAGCCCACCAAACUAGCUCAGACUGUAGAUUCUGAAAGUGCCCUGAAACGGGGUCUAGCUCAUCCCACCCACAGGCCCCAGACAGUCCCGCUGGCACAGGGACCCAGCAGAAGGCACUCCCAUCUGUGCCCCCGGAGAUCCUGAAAGGCCUUAGACUGAGUUCCUGCCCCUUCCAGCCACAGAUUUUGAGCAGUCUUGCCGGCACAGGGACCUGGCGGGAGACACAUCUGUACCUUGGGAGAUACAGAAAGGGCCCUAGACUUCACUCCAGCCCUUCCAGCCACCGUCAGGGAGCAGCGCAGCCCAGCUAGGGACCUGGCAGGAGACACACUCAUCCGUGCCUGUGGAACCAGGGCUACAAACCUCAAUCUUGGCUGUUGAAACUGAAAUAGCCCUGGGGCUUCGUUCCAGUCCCUCUCGGCCACUGUCCAGGGCCAGUCUCGCCCACCCAGGGACUCAUCCUGUGACCAGGCAGCGGUCCUCCCAGGGACCUGGUGGGAGCCAUACCUAUCUCGCACCUGGUAAUAGGCUCACUGACUGAGGACCUGACCUUGGACCCUGAAGCAGACCCUUGUCCCAGCACCUCCCUACUGAACAAGGUAGUAGAGGCAGUCCCACCCACCCAGGGACCAGAUGGAAUCCAUGCCCACCUGAGCCCCUGAUAACAAGCAUGUCAAUCACAGACCCCAUGGCAGACCCAGCAACAGCCUCAAAACCGGUUCCAAUCCAGCACAACUGUGAUUCUGGUGGUAGUCCUAGUAGGCUGGGGAAGUUGUAGAAAGUUCUUACAUGCCAAAACAAGUCUUUCAAGACUGGAAGAGGAGUUUGCUCCUUCAAACGCACAGACACCAACACAGGGCCACACGAAUCACAGAGAAUCAGAGAAACAUGGCACGACCGAAAGAACUAAUGAAGCUCCAGUAACCGGCUCCAAGGAAAUGGAGAUCUACAAUCUGCCUGCCAAAGAUUUCAAAACAGUCAUCUUAAAGAAACUCAUAGAAACACAAGAGGAUAUAGGUAGAAAAGUAACCAAAAUCAGGGUCUUUUACAAGGAUGCAAUCUAGGUGUUGUCAACCGGCUGAAGCUACAUUGUCAUCUGAGGUUCAACUGGGGAAGGAUCCACUUCCAAGCUCACUCACGUGGUUGUUGGCAGGAUUUAGUUCCUCGAAGGCUAUUGGCCAGGGGCCACCUUCAGUUCCUUGACAAGUGGGCCUCUCCAGGGGGCAGCUCACCACAUGACAAUGGGCUUCAUCAGAGCAAGCAGUGGGAAGAACCAGGACGAGUGCUGGCAAGAUAGAAGUCACAGUCUUAAUCUUGGAAGUGACGCCCCAUCACUUUUCGUUACAUCACUGCUCAUUAGAGACAAGUCACUAGGUCCAGUCCACACUCAAGGAAGGGACUACACAAGGACAUGAAUCCUAGGAAGUGGGGAUCACUGGGCCACCUUAGCAAUCUGACUGCCCCAGGGAGGAGCUUGGCCAGAGUCACACAGCAGUGACUGCUUAAAGGCUCGGUUCUUGGGUCUCCUUCCUCUCCCUCCUUCUUCCCUGAUAUUUGUUCACAGGUGAAAGCUGAAAGCUCAUAGUGCCUGGUCCCUAUGAGUACAAAUACCCAAGAGGUCUUACAUCACCAAAUCUGGAUUCUGAGAAAUGUUGUGUUAUAAAAGUUGCUUAGGCGAAAAGAUAAACAGAAACUACCAGAAAGAAGAAACUACCAGAAGGCCAUUCGGUGCCAGAUAAGCUACAGAAGCACAGGAAAUACCACUGUUGACAUAGUGUUGAGAGCUCAUUAAAUUUCUUAAUCCAUAUAUGCUGGAGGAAUAUCUUCCAAAUGAGCAAGCUCCUCAAGCCUUUAAAAAACUUUCUGGGAAUAAUGGAAGUGAACAACUUAGGAGCACACAUUAAUACAGAUUUAUAACCUGCUUUUACCAGUUAACAAUAUUGGGUGAAGAUUUUCCUAUAUCAUUAAAUAUUCUGCAACAUAAUUCUAAAAGGGGUAGAGCUUUCUGGGUAUCGCUGGAUCAUAAUUUAUUUAAACAAGUCUUCUCUGAUUAAAUGUUGAGAUUAUUUAUGCUUUCUCAAUAUAAUAAAUAAUGUUGCAAGUACAUCAGCGUGAGCAUUUCUGACUGUUUAGUGAGGAUAGAUGAUAAGAAGGGGAACCUCUAGGUCAAAGAGGACAUGCAUUUGAAAAGCUUUCAAUACAUAACACCUUCUAUUAAAAUUCUCAUAAUUGCCACUUAUGGAACACUUAUGAUACGCCAGGAACCAAGUUACGUGCUUUACGUACAUGAUCUCAUUUAAUAUUUCCAACAGCCUAAAG